AUGUCUAUCGAAUCCACCGAAGAUCAGAGACUUCUCGCAGCCGUAUUCAAACAAAUCAAGCUUGCCGAGAUAAUUUUAGAUUACGAGCAACUAGCGAAGGACCUUGAAAUCAACGCUAUGCAUCCAGGGAAAGCUGCGAGUAAGCGUUGGGGACGAUACAAGCAAAAACAUGGUCUUGUUGCGGAAAGAUCAGCCAAGAACGAGGUCAGUGAUGAAAUGGAGAACUGCAUGAAUGUUACACCAAAGGUGGGAAGCGGCAAAAAGACAGGGAAGGCGGCAGAAAGUACAAACGGAGGGAAGAUGGCUGCAUCAAAGAAAAGAAAGAUCGUCAAGGAUGAGGAUAAGGAGGAGGAGGGUGAUGAUGGCUCCGACUAG